CGGUCCUUCUCUUUCCCUAUCCAAAUUCCAAAUCUGAAAAUUACAUAAGAUGAUGAAUCUUUUGGCGUUGUCUCUUGUUCUUACUUCCCUAUUAACCGCACAGGUCUGGUCCCCAAGCCCAACAGGAAAGCACCAAAACCAGAAAGAAGAAGAUGUUAUAGUUAAAGAAGGCCAUAGGGUUAUCGUUGUCGAAACUUUUGAUGAUGAAGGUGGCCAACAUAACACCAAAAUCAGAAUCUCACCACCUCAAGAUUCUAUUUCCUCCGUCGGAGUAAUCGAAAACGCCAAAGAGAAGGUUAAACAAGCAGCCCAUGUUCUUCCAAAUCUUGGACAAGGCCUUUCUAGUUCUGGUUAUGGUCCCGACUCUGGUUCUUAUCAAGAUAAGAUAACUACAGGUCCGGGGGAGCUUAUAUGCGACGCAUUUGGUAAGUGUAGGCAUAAGAUAGCGAAAGUAAUUGAUAAAGCGAAAGAGAAAGUAGAAGAUGCAUAUGGUGGAGCUACACAUCAAACGAAAGAAAUAAUUCAUGAAGCUAAAGAAAUUGCUCAAGAGGGGAUUAUUCGGAAAAAACGAAUAGCUCAUGAAGCGAAAGACAAAGUAGAAGAUGCAUGUGAGAAAACCAAAGAAACUGUUUCUCAUAAAGCCCAUGAAGCUAAGGAAGUAGUAGAAGAUGCAUAUGAGAAAGCUAAAGACUCCGGAACUCAAAAAGCUCAAGAAGUUAAAGAAUCUGCAAAAGAAUCUUUAGAUAAAGCUAAAGAUAUAGCAAAAGAUGCAAAAGAUUUAGGAAAGACUAUUGGGGUAGAUUCAGUUAAAAAUGUAUCUGAAAAAACAGGGCAAGCUACAAACAUAGUUUAUAAUUCUUUGAACAGAGCAUUUAGGUUUAUGGGUUCGCAAAAAGGGAUUCAUUUUUUGAUGGGUGUUAUCAAUUUACUGGGUUUUUCCAUAGCUUAUGGAAUGUGUUUUUGGGUUACAUUCAUUUCAAGUUAUGUGUUGGCUAAUGCUUUGAAUAGGCAACAGUUUGGGUUGGUGCAGAGUAAGAUAUAUCCUGUUUAUUUUAGAGCCAUGGGUUUUUGUAUCGCGGUGGCUCUGUUUGGGCAUUUGAUUGGGCGGAUGAAAUUUUCGUUUACUAGUAAGGCAGAGGUUUUUCAAGCUAUUAAUCUUCUACUAUCAGUUUUGCUGGUUUUGAUCAAUGCUCUGUAUUUGGAGCCUUUGGCUACCAAGGUGAUGUUUGACAAACUAAAGAUUGAAAAGGAAGAAGGCAGAGGAAGAGAAACCUCAACUACAGAGUCAAACAGGGCAGAGCAAGAGCCAGUCGCAGAUGCUUCGCCUGCAACAGCUUUAGGAUCCACCGCCACCACCACCGGAUCUUCAGCUCCGACAAAAGUCCCGGAAAAUAGAAAAGAAGAGGAAAUCAGGUCAAGGAUUGUUAGAGUGAAUGAGAGGCUUAAGAAGCUAAAUUCGUGUUCAUCGUUCUUGAAUAUACUGAUUUUGAUGGCUCUCACUUGGCACUUGGUGUACUUAGGCCAGUGGCUCCAUGGGACUUGCUAGCUGGAAAAUUAGGAUGUUCGUGUUUGUAUUGUUUUUAUGUAUUUUUGUUUUACUGUAUUGUUCAAUUUUGAUAUGAAUAUGACUGUUUAGUGUCAGUUAAGAACACCGUCUCCCGUAGGGCAGAGACAUUUAGGAAUUAAUAAAUUUUACUUGUGCUGCAAACUUUCUCUGUAGGGCUGCUAUCAUUUAUUGCAAUGAUAGGAGUUUUAAGAGUUUUUUUUUGAAGUAGAGAAUUUUCUCUA